GUCAGCUUACUAGACAUCCAUAAAUUCCUACUUUCACCUGUAGGUGCUCUUUGUCAUCUGGCACGAGAAAUAUGGCAGAUAUCAUCGACCGCGGCUCAAGAGGGACCAACUUGCUAGGCUCCGCCAUCUUCAUCGGCCUCCGCGCCAUCGAUCCUUACCUGCAGCGCCAUCUGCUCCUGAACUCCCCGCUACCCGGAUGGGCCAGAAAACUCGGUCUUCCCGCGCCACGGCCUCCCCCAACAGGCGGGCUGCCUCUCGUCGGCACGGGGAUGACGCCCUUCCAAAGCCUGAUCUGGGCACUCUCCAUCGGCUCAGCGGCCAAACACAUAUUCUGGGCGGCGGCCAUUGCCAACGAGCCGAUGAAACCCGGCGCAGCCAUGAUUGUGGGUAUCUUCAAUCUGGCGUGCAAUACGCUGAACACGCUGGCGUUUAACCUGUCCGGCGAGAAUCCGACGUACUUUGCACCGUGGAGCGUCUACGUGGGCACGGGGAUGUACGUCGCGGGCAUACUGGCCGAGACGAUCGGCGAGAUCCAGCGCAAGUGGUUCAAGGACGAACCCCGGAACAAUGGGAAAGUCUACAGUGGUGGGCUGUUCUCGGUCGUGCGCCACGCGCCGUAUACGGGGUACACGCUCUGGCGGACGGGGUACGCAAUUGCUGCGGGAGGACCGCUAUGGGGCGCCCUGACGGCGACGUGGUUUAUCUAUCAAUUUGUGAAUCGCUCGGUGCCGAUGCUCGAUAAGUAUAUGAGUGAGAGGUAUGGUGAGCAGUGGGCGCAGGUCAAGCGGAAGGUGCCGUAUGCUUUGAUUCCGGGCGUUUGGUAGGACUGAUAUGACUGAUAUUGUGAGGUAUCUUGCAACAUUAUUUCGCAACAUUAUUUCAGCCGUUUAUGUACCGAGUGGGUUGAUUUCAUAUGGCACUUCAAGGCCUGCAAGCGAACGAAGAAUGGCCCUCUCUGUUCCUCACGGUGGCUCGCUGUCUCCUGUCCUUCUGAGCAAGGCUGA